UAGUGCAUGUUAAGUAUAAAUAGGAAUCUCACAUUAAUGCGAUGUGUCGUGCAAGCUGAAACUUUCCGAGAUCAUCACGGCUUGGAAGGGAUCGUUAACGGGUAAUCUCUUGGUCGGACCCCUUGCAAUGGCCUCCGCCAGCUCGUUGGCGAACGCAGUGGUGGCCAUUAACUCGGCUUCUAGCGCUCGGAUCCGCUCCACGUUCUUGUCGCGUCCGUUUCGUCUGACCACCACUGGUCCUUUGGCCAGUGCUUCGGCCAUCUCGGUUGCGUAUGCCGUCGACUCCAGCAGCUCGAGCUCGAGCUCGUGCACGCGACUUGCUUGUUCCACCGCCACCUCCAGCAGAGCCACUUGCACUGCUUCAUGCGUGGAAAGCAUGUACUCCAUGGUUUCCGCGGAGAAAUUCAACGCGUGGGAAGUGUUGCAUCGCUUGAGGAGAUGGUGAUGGACGUGGCGGCGGGCGGGGUUGGGUGGCUCUGGCGUCGUGGUUUUCUGCACCACAUACGACCACGCACCGGACGUGAUGGCGUGAGCUUUCGACAGCGCCGUGUGGGACGAGUGAAGAAGGGCGAACAGUCGCUCGGAAGACAAGUGGGUUAUAGCAUGCGUGUGCACUUGGCCCGCCACGUACGCAACAAGCGGGUACGACAGGGUGUACUGGACGAUGUUUCGUACGCUCGAUGCCACCGGUGCAAACGCGUCCAGCAACUCCGUCAGCUGCUCCUGCUCCAAGAACGAAUGCACCCACUGGAGCAGAAACGUGCACCAUUUCAACGCGAGCUGCAAACAAGCGUCGACGGUGCCGCUGCUUCGCUCGUGCUUGAGCGUGGUCGACGCCGCCUCCAGCGACGACGCGACCGAGUCGAUGACGGUGGCCGACUCGCACGCGGACGCGGCAGCGCGAAGGAUGCGCUGGAGGGCCUUGAUGACCACGGGAUUCUCAAUUGCAACUACAAGCAACACGUCAGUUGUAUCAACUGGACUGGUCGUUCGUUGGUUGUGGUACCAGCGGCAGUUUGCAGACACCGCGACAGCGCCGCGCCGGUGUGUUGAAGGCGCAGGAUGGAAGCCACGACCUCGAGGAAGGCGACGACGACGUUGGUCACGGCCUUGUUGUCGGGUGGCGCAACACCAGCGACGGCCAUAGCUCACGCGAAAAUGCCAUUGGAUAUCCGACCACUUUUCGAACAAUUGUGGGGCAACAACCAUCAUGACACGUCUGACGUCACCUCGCAUGUACUUCGAAGUAACCUGUGAAAUAUGAUAU